AACAAUAGAUCAAAAGGUAUUCAUGGUGACCGGUCAGAGUAGGUUUUACUUUUUCUCACAGGAGGCUUGACAGCAUAAAAGAAAAACAAAUUGUUUUUGUUAAGUUUUUUUUUUUUUUCUCUUAACUGAUUUUUAGCAAACUUCAGACCCAGACACAGGACUCAACGAUAUAUUCCUGGAAGGCAAGGUACUAUAAUGGCAACCACAAUCUGUUUUAUUAUCUGGGUGUUAUUCAUAACAGAUACUGUAUGGACUCGAAGUGUGAGACAGGUCUAUGAGGUAUAUGAACCAGAACAAUGGACUAUGCUUGACUUCGAUUGUCCUAGGGAAUGUUACUGUCCCCCCAGUUUCCCUACUGCUUUAUACUGUGAAAAUCGAGGUCUCACAGAAAUUCCCGCUAUUCCUUCAAGGAUCUGGUAUCUUUAUCUUGAAAACAACCUGAUAGAAACUAUUCCUGAGAAACCAUUUGAGAAUGCCACCCAGCUGAGAUGGAUAAAUCUAAACAAAAACAAAAUAACUAACUAUGGAAUUGAAAAAGGAGCCCUAAGCCAGCUGAAGAAGCUACUUUUCUUAUUUCUGGAAGAUAAUGAGCUAGAUGAGGUACCUUCUCCAUUGCCAAGAAGUUUAGAGCAAUUACAAUUAGCUAGAAACAAAGUGUCCAGAAUUCCUCAAGGGACCUUCAGCAAUCUGGAGAACCUGACUCUUCUUGAUCUACAGCACAACAAACUAUUAGACAAUGCCUUUCAAAGAGACACCUUUAAGGGACUCAAGAACCUCAUGCAGCUAAACAUGGCCAAGAAUGCAUUAAGGAAUAUGCCACCGAGAUUACCAGCCAAUACAAUGCAACUGUUUUUAGACAACAAUUCCAUUGAAGUGAUACCAGAAAAUUACUUUAAUGUGAUUCCUAAAGUGGCCUUCCUGAGACUAAACCACAAUAAAAUAUCAGAUGCAGGUCUGCCAUCAAGUGGUUUUAACGUAUCAUCAAUUCUAGAUCUUCAACUGUCUCACAAUCAUCUCACAAAGUUUCCCCGAAUCAGCGCUUAUCUGCAGCACCUUCACCUUGAUCAUAACAAAAUUAAAAGUGUGAACGUCUCUGUAAUAUGUCCUACCACACUGCCUGCAGAACAAGAUUUCUUCAGUUAUGGACCUCAUCUUCGCUACCUCCGUCUGGACGGAAAUGAAAUCAAACCACCGAUCCCCAUGGAUUUAAUGACUUGUUUCAGGCUUCUUCAGGCUGUCAUUAUUUAAACACAUCUUCACCAAAUCUAAAAUUGUUUAGUGAGCUCAUGUUGCUGAUAUGAAAUUUAGUUAUCAUUCAUAGGUUUUGGACAAAAGUCACAUUUCCCAUGGCUCUUGGCCACCAUUUUCAUUUGUGCAGCUUAUUUUUUUUCUAUGUGAAGAUGCUUUCAACGAUGUCAUGCAGCACAGCCUAUAUCAAUUUGCUUUUCUUUAACUAAUAAAACAGACACAGAGUUAAGAUAGUUUAUCAACUCAAAGAUAGUUCUUUUGUCUCUUUCACAGCUUCUUAAUUAAUAUCAACUAAUGCAAUUAGAUUGUUAUGCAAUAAAAAAGACAUAUUUGUUUGUGUAUGUUUAAAAUUACUUGUGCAGAUACUAUAUUAACAGUAUAGAUACAGAAAUCAAACAGGAGGUAGGAAGAUCUAAAGGAAAUGAAAAAAAUGAAAUAUUUCUUUAUUGUAACUUAAGAAAGUAAAUGCACAUUGCUGUGUAGAUUUUGGAGGUACAAGUUUGAUAGUUAGCUUGAGAAUGGAUAUGAAAUGAGUUGAAUACUUCAUAACAAGAGAGUUCUAGUCAUUUAAUACCAAAUAAAGGAACAGUCAUCUCUACUUCACUACCAUUUCUUGUAGCUCUUCUUCUUAGAUAUUACACUGUAUUCUAGCAAUUAAUCUAGUCCUCAAUUUCACAUUUAUUAUAAUGCAUUUCUCACAGAAUCUAAGCGCUUUAACAUUUGAAAUCCACUUAACUUGCAACUUGUUCAGCUCUUAUAUGUGCUUGUGUUCUUUGAAUUUUCUAAAUAAAAAUAAAUGCUCCAACAAAGUAA